CGCCCGGUCAGCAGCUCCCAUUUCAUUUUACAACCUCAGCUUUCACCGAAGCCUGCCAACCCAUCAAUAACACUUUACAGACGAAACGGACACUUCAGAAUGGAUCAAGACGCAUUUCGAGCCCUUCUUAGUACACCCAACCCAUCCCGACCAACUCAGUCAUCACGUCCUAAUGGCCGGCUAGUCCUUGGUGGUGGUAGCGCCGGCAGAUCUGCAAAUUCCUCACAAGCUUCCGGAUCGACUUAUAAGCCAGGAUCAUCGUCGACAUCCCUUAAGCCGCGAAAAUCCAAACCCAAGGACUCUGCAGAUGGUUCCGUCAAGGACUCAGAUCGCUCUUCGCGUGGUGGAUAUCGAGAUCGAGCAUCAGAACGGCGCAAAGGUUUGGACGGGGACUUUGCUGAGGCUGAACACUUACUUGAGAACUUUCAAGCUCGGGUGGCAGCGGCUGGAAGUCAAAUUGAUAAGGACGUAUUAGAGCAACAGACCAAGUAUCUCGGUGGAGAUGAAAGACACACGAUUCUUGUGAAAGGCCUGGAUCACGCUCUGCUAGAAAGAAGGAAAGCCGAAUUAUCGGAGGGUGGCAAGCUCGGCCAAGUGACAGACGACGACCUGGAGAUUGCGUAUGAACAGAAUGCCAAACAAGCUCCGCCAGAAGACCUCGCUCCGUCGAGCACGACCUCGAAAGCCGUGAAAAGGAAGCAUCGGGAUGAAUUGAUAGAGCAGUUAAAGAACGCACGAACCCCUGCCGACUUGGUCGUCGUUGAAAAACUCAAGGCUGCUGGGAAGUUCAAGCCGAUCGGCUUUGCCAGUGUCGAGGAUAAAAAACAGGACGAUGAACGUGCAGAGCGCAAACGACGGAAGGCUGAGAAGAAGAAAAAGAAAGCUCUUAAGGCAGAGCAAGUCGUCGAUACGACGCCACCAAAUCCCAUGCCAGACCCAGUGAUCGAGAAAGCUCAACAAACAAGCAAUCCAACUGUCCUAGAAACAUCCACCACGGCAGAAAAACAUGUGUUUGAUGCCCGUGAAAUGGUACCACCGAAAAUCACAAAAUCUAUCGAACCAUCGAGCAAUUCAAAUUCCAUAGCCAUCUUACCCAAGACCCAGGCUCAACCCAAGGAGACAAUGAAAAAGAACGAGCCAAUCGAAGAUGAAGACUUCGAUAUUUUCGGUGACGCAGGAGAGUACAAAGGUCUGGAUGAUGACAGUUCAGAAGAUGAACGAGAUAGAGAUCGGAAGGUGGAAGAGUCUGUACCCAGGGGCGCUGCUUUGGGCUCUUCUGAUGCCAAGAAGAGAAAGACGUAUUUCGAAGACGAUGAAGUUGAAUCUGACUCGAAUGAUGCAGAAAAACCCAAUCCUGUCGAGGAGUGUGUUAGAAAGGCACAGGAAGCCCGGCGGAAAUCGAUGGCGAUUGAAGAACCAGAGGAAGAUCCAGAAAUGAGAGACCGAUUGACUGGAGAGGCUCCACCACCCGACGAAGCUCCUCCCCGACCGACCAAACUGGAAGGCCUCUCCGGAUCUGCCGACAUCCGAUCCAUCCUCGCCGCCGAUGCAUUUCAGGAGAAAGAAGAGAAACGGAAGGCUAAGAAACAGAAAAACAAAUCGGAGGGCAAAGUCUUGACCGAUAAAGAUCGUCUGAAUCGUGACGUCUUGGAAAUGGAAAACCACCUGAAGCGGAAAAAAACUAAGAAUGAUCCUUCAGCAACAAGUUCCAAAUCUUGAAGAAACAGACAUCUUCCCUUCCCAUCACCCUGUAUUUUUUUCUAUGACUUUGAUCAUCAAUGGCAACAUCUUUCACAUCUGUAUUGCUUUCUGCAAUAUGCUAUGUAGUUUACUACUCAUCAAUAAUACCUUGUUGACCUGUCUGUACAUGAUGAUCUAAGACUCAAUGCUGGCUGUCUAGAAUCUGUUGAGCAAUGAUGCAGAGUCCUCCAAGGGCUGAAGAAUAAAAUGAUUUGAAAUAGGGACUCUUGGGGGAGGGGGGCAUUUCAGAGAAAGCAAUAGACAUUCUGUUGCGAGGGAAAACUAUG